AUGAUUAUCACCUUACGUCCGCUGCCCUUUCUCACGGCAAGUCAGAUCCUGACUUCCGCUCAACAGAGACUCCAUCUCUCAUCGUCGACGCGAUUGUUCUUCACAUCGCCCUCCUCAUCUGAUGGUUCCUUCCUACGAACGAUCAUCACCUCAACGGCACCCCGACUCUCUCCUUCCACUGGCUACGACUCCCUCAGAACGCCCUUGGAAACAGGCUACAGCCGGAGCACGUUGCGUUUCGAAUGCCCAUCUCUACGAGACUUAAGAACCUCGUCCUUGAGCAUGAGUGACACUUCUGUAGACUUGGAUGAACAGCGUCGAGUAUAUGAUAAUUUCUAUGGCGAGGGAGGAUUUUCAAAGACUGAUCCUUCUGAUUCAAAAAAAUGUGUUCUCAUACCUCAGGAUUGGUUUAAUAAAUGGGUUUCAUACAUUGGACGAUGUCGGCCUGAACAAUUAAACAGCCAAAGUCCUUCCAUAGAUGACUGUGGCCCUGGUCCUGUGAAUUUUUCUCGGAUUAUGGAAAACGGCAAACUUAAAAGUAAUCUUCUUCUCGAUGUUAACGUGAAGGCCAUAACAGAAGAGCUAUUUAAUAAUCUCUCAAGAUGGUAUGGUAUCGACGGUCUAUCUAGUGACAUUCCUUGGCGCGAUAUUUACAAGACGGAUAAAAAUGAAUAUACUUUUGAUCUUUACCCUCCUUCAAUUAAACUUGUUUCUCGUGAAAAUUAUGCCAAUUUCGUCCUCAAUUGUCAUUCCCACAAAACUAUAGGUUUUGUCAAAUCCUGCAUUAGGAAGAAAAAUAAUCUCGAAAAUGAGACAGAAAUACAUCUUUGGGAUGCACAAGACAAGGACGAAUUAACUGAUGAUGAAACUGUAACGUUAAAAGAAUGUAGUCUCGUGGGUGAUAAGCGAAUUGAAUAUUCUGUGGGAUCCAGAACUUUGUCCAACGGAGACAGUAGUGCGUAUUCCCAUAUUAUUAGAUACCCUUCCUCAUCCCUUCCUCGUGGAGUUUGUGGCCUAAGUAAUCUGGGAAAUACCUGUUUUAUGAACAGUGCUAUACAGUGUAUAUCGAAUAUUGCGCCUUUACGAAAGUUUGUUCUUUCGGAUGAAUUUCGUGGUAGUAUUAACGCAACAAAUAGACUUGGUUCCCACGGAGAAAUUGCUAUUGCUUUUGCAGAACUCAUUAAAGAGAUGUGGAGUGAUAAAAAACGGGGUCUGAGCUGUGUUCCUCGAGAUUUGAAAUCUAAAAUUGGUCGCUAUGCUCCUCAAUUUCUUGGCUACAAUCAACAUGAUGCGCAUGAAUUGAUGAAUUUCCUCUUGGAUUUUCUCCAUGAAGAUUUAAAUAGAAUAAAAGAAAAGCCUUAUAUUGAAGAUAAGGAUGCUGAUGGCCGACCUGAUGAGGAAGUUGCAAAUGAGGCCUGGUCCAACUUCAAGCGACGCAAUGAUUCAAUAAUUGUUGAUCUUUUCUAUGGUUUGCUCAAAUCCACUGUAGAAUGUCCCAAAUGCGGCCAUGUUUCCGUGAUCUUUGAUCCCUUUAGCUCUCUCUCUCUUCCUUUGGGAGUAAAACGUCUUUCGGUUUAUGUGGGACCUUUCGAUUUAUAUAGCUUACCUGUAACUCCCUUGUGCAGAGCAAGGGAUAUUGUCCAAUCCCUGGAAUAUCACAAACCCAUCCCAGAUCACUCCAAGUACGUAGUGACGAGGAAGGUUGGCAACGAGUUUGAUGUCAUCCCUGCGGAAUCCAAUGAGAAUCUCUAUGAUGAAAAAAUCUACGUUUUUAGAGUUACUGGAGUGUAUCACUUAAAGGUCCUUUUACUUGGCAAAUAUACCCUAGAGUCUGUUCCUUUGUUAGUAUCUUUGGAAAUGACCACAAAUGGGAUUUCGAAACAGGCCCUUUGUAAUGCAGUGAAGAUAGAGCUAUCUAAAUAUAACGAGUUAUAUGGCGAGCAUUUCGAGAAGAUCUGUCAGGACGAUGAUCUCAGAUUUUCAUUUGAAGAUGAAAUAUUUCCAAUGGAACCAGAGAAGAUCAUAGAGAUUGAACUUGUUGGCGAUAUGCAGGUUAAACAUGACACUGUUGUUCGACUGCCUGUUAAACUGCAAAAUUGCAUUGACCUCUUUCUCACAUCGGAACAAUUGGGAAUUCACAAUUUAUGGUACUGCAAGUAUUGCGAAGAUCAUCAACGAGCUUUCAAGAAAUUUGACCUCUGGAAACUUCCCCAAGUACUUAUUUUUCAGCUCAAUCGCUAUAAGAAAACCUACUAUGUUUCGAAGAACGAUGUAUUUGUGGAGUGUCCUCUAGAUGACUUUAGACUUCCUUAUCUCAAGGACAGUCCGACCUAUGAACUUACAGCUGUUAUUAAUCAUAUGGGAGGUUUAAGUGGAGGUCAUUACACAGCCUUUGCCAAAAAUGGAAACUCCUGGUAUAAUUUUAAUGACAGUUUCGUCGACAGACUCAAGACAUCACCCGUGGUAAGUACUUAUAGAUUAACAUUGCAGUCAUAA